UAGGAAAGGACUUAUCUCUGCUUUCCCAUAUCAUAAUUCAAUCAAAAUUGAAUUAUUUAAAUAUAAAUAAUUUUAUUGAUUAGUGAAAUUAUUAUAAAAGUGGUGCAUUUUUAUCAAUGGUUCAGAACAUUAGUUUUCAUAAUCGGUAGAAAGAGAAAAACUUAUUGAAAUUAUUUAAUUCAAGAUAAUCACCUGUCAUUAAUACAUUUUUAUCAGUUAACAUUUUUUCUCUUGAUUGCACAAUAACUAGUAAAACACAUUGUGACAAUAACAAUGAAUAAACUGUUUACCUAUGCGGUGAUUACUUUCCUUGUCACUAUAACACACUCAGAAUUGUUACCAAACAUAGAAUCAAAUGCUGAAGCUUAUCAUAACUUCAACCCAUUUUUAACUCCAUCAAAUGAUGAAACAUCAUCUUCGUCAAACAUGAAUUCACCAUCCAUACUAGUCAAUCCACUGGAAUUGAGAUAUUUCAAAACUGGUCAAUUAUUAUCUGAUAAUAAUAACGAUAAUAAAAAUAUGAAUUUAAAAAAUCAUUAUGGUUAUUUACGAAGAAAUCAAUUAAAAGAAAUGAAUCAGCCUUCUAUCUUGACAAAUGACUACAACAAUAUGAAUUCAUUACAACUUGUUAAACGUGUUUUAGCUGAUUAUAAACGACGUGCUAUACUCGCCGAUUAUAAACGUUCCACCUAUAUGAAUAAAUAAUUCAUAACUGAAUCUCCCUUACUGUUCAUUGUUGCUGACCUUGUUACUAUUAUGAUUAUUGCCUCAUGAAAUAGACAAACUUUGAAUAUAUAUAUAUAUAUUCAUUUAAAAAAUAUUAACUGAAUCAAUUUGUUUUGUUUGAAUGAAUUACGUUGCCGUUCAAAUUUCAAUGCGGCAAAUACGAAAUAAAUGUUCACGUUUCAA